AGGAUGUGUCGUUGACCUGGAAACUGCUGGGUGCUGCUGAGAGCUUUGGGCGUUUUUUCUCCAGCACCGAGGAGGCGGGUUUCAGUGAAGAUAUCAAAACUCCGUCCUCAAGGCGAAAACCGGAAGAUUUGUUCGAGUUGAAACAACGUGAUCAGCUCAAAAAGGCCAUGGCUUCUUUACGAGCUCCACUCGCUGAGCUCGUUGACAAGGCAACAAAAGCAGGGAUGGAUGAGAACACUCCAAGCGACUUGCUUGUGGCUUUACCCAAAGAUCUUUCGAGGCGCUUUGCACGGCUGCGAGGAAGCAUUUUGGGAGCUACCAAGAAUGCGAAUGCCCUGGUCGUACGCUCCCCGGAACCGGGCAUGGAGGAUGAUGCCACGUCCGGCACGCCGGCCGUAGAUGGAAGCAUCAAGGAGCUCUCCAGUUUCAUUGCUUGCUCUGAAGCCCUGGAGCGCUCCGGUGCGUGGUCGUGCUUGGAUACCAAGAAUCGGCAGGAGGUGAUUGCCUUUAGCAGCAGCCAUGCGAGCGACAUCCAAAAGCAUGUGCGAAUCAGUUGCAAGGGGAUGAAGGAAGAUGCCACGCAUUCCACUGCACCAGGUUUGCUUGAUGAUUUGCUGGAGACAAAGCCACCCAGCAGAGGCUACGCCGGGACAACAAGCAGCAACGUUCCUCCGCUGCUGCCACCACCGCCGCGCUCUUCUUGCAGUGUCCGUGGCCCUGCGUGAG